AUGUAUCAAACUCAGCAGCACAUGAGUGCAGAUGAACUGAACUCAUUUAGGACAAAGUACCGGAAUUUGUCAGUUGUAAUAAUAGAUGAAAUUUCAAUGGUAGGGAAUAAUAUGUUGUCAUUUAUAAAUGAUAGACUUCAACAACUUACUGGGAGAAAACAAGAUUUUGGUGGGAUUAGUAUCAUAGCUGUAGGUGAUUUGUAUCAGUUACCACCAGUUGGAGACAAGUGGAUUUUCAAAGACCUAUCUAAUCCUGGUCAGAGUUUAGCAAAAAAUUUGUGGCAUGAACAUUUUUAUAUGCAUGAACUAACUGAAAUUAUGAGACAAAAGGAUGACCUCAGAUUUGCAGAAAUGUUAAACAGACUUCGUGAAAACAAGAUGACAGACGAAGACAAGGAACUCAUUUCACAACGUUUCAUCAGGCAAGACUCUCAAGACUAUCCUAAGGAGGCACCUCAUCUGUUUAUUGAGAACAAGUUUGUUGAUUGUUUUAAUAACAAUCUAAUAGAAAACCUUUCAACAAAUAAAGUAACUGUUAGAGCAGACACAGAUGUGUUAUCACAGACAAAACUUUCUGCAUCAAUGAAAUUGAAACUAGUUCAAAACUUGCCUGAAAACCCAGCAUCUACUGGACAAUUAAGAACAAAUUUGGUUAUUGCUGUAGAUAUGCUAUAUGACAUAUCAGUAAAUCUCGAUGUUACAGAUGGUUUGACAAAUGGUGCUUCCUGUGUUGUGAAAUACAUUGAAUAUAAAGAAUCGCAAUUAAGGCCUGCCAUAGUAUGGGUACUGUUUGCUGACUCAAGUAUAGGUAUCUCACGAAGACAUCAAUACAGGCAUUUGUUUAGCACAAAUGUUAAUACUGCAUGGACUCCCGUAUUUGAAGCUAAAAGAACAUUUGUUUAUAACAGGAAGACAUAUGAGAGAGUUCAGUUUCCACUCCAACCUUCUGCUGGAAAAACAAUCCACAAAGCACAAGGAGCAACUCUUUCAAAGGCAGUAAUCAACCUAGCACAGACAAAGCAGCGCAAAAUUUCUCAUAUACAUUAUGUUGCACUCUCAAGAGUAAGGUCACUUGAUGGUCUGUUCAUUCUGGAUUUCAAUGAAAAAAGUCUUUCAAAAGAUGAAACUGUUGAUAAUGAGAUGGACAGGUUAAGAGAAAAUAGAUUGCAACUCUCAUAUACACCACUAUACUCAGUAUGUAAAGACAUAAAAUUUUUGUUCAACAAUGCCAGAUCCCUACACAAACACUUCCUUGAUAUAAAAUCAGACCCAAGUGUUUUAGCUGCAGAUGUUAUUGGUAUAGCUGAAUCUUGGCUUUGUGAAUUAGAUUCUGAUGAAGACUUUACUUUAGAGGGUUUUACAAUGUUCAGGAAUGAUGCAAGUUCUUCCCAGAGCAGACCACAUCAUGGUUGCAGUGACGGUAUGGGUGGAUGUUUAGCUAUCAACACAACGAAGACGCUGAACUGUAUAACAUACCGUUGUGAGAGACAUUCAUCAAACUGUGGUCUAGAUUUCUACAGAGGAGGGUGUAAUGAAGGAGGAGAAUGUCAUGACGCGAACAGCACGUGGACUAGCAAAUAUUGUCACGUGAUGAAAUGCAGUAUGGAGGCUGACCAGAAAGGAAGUGCGAAAAUAAGGUCGAAAAUAAAGACAUACGCUUGCAAGUUGAAUGGGAAAUGUUACAAGGAAGGGGAGAUAAUGAACGCAAAAUGUGUAAAGAGACAAUGUAAAGUUGACAGGGGCCGAAACACAGUCAUGAUGGAUGUCAUACAUGCCGACUGCAGGGUGAACGGAUUGUGUGUACCUGUCAACUCUACAUACAGAGAUGGAUGUUCUGUCAAGCGGUGUUAUUGGAGAAAAAACGGAGAUGUCCAUAGCUCAGGAAGUGAUAUUGUAAAGUUUGGAUGUAAGUGGAGAGACAGCUGUGUGAAUGAGAGUGAGAUACGACAAUAUCACUGUACCCACUAUAUCUGUCGUGUAUCUCAGAAGGGACAAUACAGGCGCUCGGAGAUGGCUGUUUACAGUCAAGAUUGCAGGGAUCCUCAAGGAAAUUGCAUUGCGGUAGGGAGCUAUGGUGAGGGUCAAAAUUGUAACAAAUUGAAGUGUGUGUCUAAGAAUGGUAUGUCGCGGCUGGAAAAUGUUGCUACAGGAUGUUUGGAUAAAGAUAAAUGUAGAGAAGACGGAGGAAACUGGACAAGUCCGGAAAAUUGCAUUACUUACGGUUGCCGCUUAAAAAUCCAAAAUGGCCGAACAUACCCUCAAAUUCAAAUUAUAGGCGUCGGAUGUAAAGUAGGCGGAAUUUGCUACAGUCCUGGAGAAAAAUGGGACUCGGGCUGUCUGGAGAGACAAUGUGUUGUUAAUAGAUCAAACAAGGGCUUCUCCCGAUCCGUGACGGCGAAAUUAAGAGGCUGUAAUGUAAAUGGCAAGUGUUUGGAGGUUGGGUUCAAAGAGAUGAGAAACAAAUGUUUAAAUUAUGGUUGCGUUUUGGACAAAAAAUCAGAUCGCCCUGUUUACAACCUGCUUAAAGGAGCGUGUAAAGAUCUAGAUGGUAACUGCCGAGAUGUCGGUGAAGAGUGGGACCACUUAUAUCAGCCUCACAAAAUCUGUCUCCGUCUAAAGUGUGAAUACACAGGCGGGAUUUAUAGAACAUCUUCACUUAAAAUACUAUGUAAAGAUAAAAAUGACAACUGCAGGCAGCAAGGGGAGCGCGGAUUUCCGGCUAUGAUUCGAGGAAAAGAGUACAAAAACUGUCAAUGUAAAGCCUACGGGCGUCAGUCCAGAAUGUCAUGUUCUCCGUAGGCUUUAAACAUAAUAUGCUAAGAUUGCUGAGUCCAGUUAUCAAACCCGAGGGCGUUAUGCUAAGCUUUAUAAUACCUAUAUUAUGGCAUACAUUUGAAUAAUCUUGUAAAAAUAGGUAAAUAAAGUACUCAUUUCCUUGGCUUUGAAAACAAAAUGUCACUUCAAAUCAUCAUUUGUCGUAUUGUAAAUUUUGAAUUUACCGGUACUGCCACUUGGUAAAUUCAAAUUUUUAAAAUGACAAAUUUUUAUUUUGCUCUUUCUAAAAAUUAUUAUUCUAAAAUAUCAAUAAAAGUUAUAUUAUUUCCGUUUGACAUCUUUCAUAUGUUGGAGGAUCUAUACUUGUGAUGAAUAAUAAAGGUUAAGUCUAGCUUAGCGUAACUUGCCCUUUCGAAGUGAGAGCUGGGAGUUCGAAUGGCUAAUCAUUUCUUUUACUAGAUCGAAUCCCAUAUUAGGAAAAAAGUGAAAAAAAAUGUCCAAGAUGUCAAAAUAUCUUUUUGAAAAAUUCAAAACAUUUCUAAAUCCAUGUGACAAAAAUUAUCUCUUUUGAAAACUUUAAUGUUAUAUGUACAUGUAUUUGUAUUAUUUGAAAAUACACUGUAAAAUUAAAAGACAAAUCAUAGAAAAUCGAUAAAGAUAUGCCAACAAACAAUGUUUUGAGUACCUUUAUCCCUGAAAGUUGGGUAAGGUGGUUUCAGAUAUGAAUUACAAUGCACUCCUUCUCAAUGGUUAGA